CCCUGCGGGCAGCAGAGUGCGCGAGGCCUUAGGCCGGGAGUUGUUGUCAGGCCCAGGCCACUUCCGAGGCGCCCGCCGUGUGUCGCCGCCACUACAGGAGGACGACGUCGACGCUGAGGAGGAGGAGGAGGCGGCGGAGGCGUGUUGUUGUCUCGCCCACUCCCCUCCCCUGAACUCGCACCCAACGUCAGGGCGCGAUGAAGUGAAGCGGCGACGAAGGUGGUACUUCCGCGUUGCGCUGCCGGAGCCGAGAGCGCAGCCGAGGCCGCUCCCCCACCCCUGGGGGGCACUUGGAGGACUCCGGACUCCCCCGCAGGUCAGCGCCCGGCGCAUCUGGUGUUUUUGCGGCUGAAGCUAGGACGACGAGAGCGAUCGGGGGCUCCACCGCCGGGAUUCCUGCUGCCCUCGGGCCCGGAGGCCGCUACGUACCCCACUGUGACCUGGAACCCAGGGACCCAAGUCCCGAUCCGGAUUAUCGUGGCGCUUCUGCCGGACGGCCCUGGUGCUCGGUGUCCCUCCGCCGCUGCUGCCGCCGUUCCCGUUUCCGGCGGGGGAGAUGGCCAGGAUCUGACCCGGGAGGAGGCCGCACCCGCGCCGCGCUCUGCGGCGGGCUCUAGGCGAUGCCGAGCAGCUCGGACACGGCGCUGGGGGGAGGCGGGGGCUUGAGCUGGGCGGAGAAGAAGUUGGAGGAACGCCGCAAACGGAGGCGAUUCCUGUCCCCUCAGCAGCCGCCGCUGCUGUUGCCGCUCCUGCAGCCGCAGCUCCUGCAACCGCCGCCGCCCCCGCCGCCUCUGCUCUUCCUGGCUGCUCCCGGCACGGCCGCCGCCGCAGCCGCCGCCGCCGCGGCCUCCUCCUCUUGCUUCAGCCCGGGCCCCCCUCUGGAGGUCAAGCGGCUGGCGAGAGGCAAGAGGCGCGCAGGAGGGCGGCAGAAGCGGCGCCGCGGGCCCCGCGCCGGGCAGGAGGCGGAGAAGCGUCGGGUCUUCUCGCUGCCCCAGCCGCAGCAGGACGGCGGUGGCGGUGCUAGUAGCGGCGGGGGUGUGACCCCGCUGGUGGAGUACGAAGAUGUAAGCUCCCAGUCCGAGCAGGGGCUGCUGCUGGGGGGGGCCAGCGCGGCAACGGCGGCGACGGCUGCCGGGGGAACGGGGGGCAGCGGCGGGAGUCCGGCCUCCUCCUCCGGCACCCAGCGUCGCGGGGAGGGGUCGGAGCGCAGGCCCCGCCGGGACCGCCGCAGCAGCAGCGGCCGCAGCAAGGAUCGCCACCGCGAGCACCGGCGGCGGGACGGGCAGCGCGGCGGCGGCGAGGCCUCCAAGUCCCGCAGCCGCCACGGCCACGGCGGCGAGGAGCGGGCCGAGGCCGGCAAGAGCGGUAGCAGCAGCAGCAGCGGCGGCCGGCGGAAAAGCGCCUCGGCCACGUCCAGCAGCAGCAGCAGCCGCAAGGACCGAGACCCGAAAGCCCAUCGGAGCCGGACUAAAUCGUCCAAAGAACCGCCUUCUGCCUAUAAGGAGCCGCCCAAGGCCUACCGGGAGGACAAGACCGAGCCCAAGGCCUACAGGCGGCGGCAGCGGUCCCUGAGCCCGCUGGGAGGCCGGGACGACAGCCCGGUGUCUCACCGGGCCUCGCAGGGCCUGCGGAACCGCAAGUCUCCCAGUCCGGCGGGAGGUGGCAGCAGCCCCUACUCGCGGCGGCUGGCCCGCUCCCCGAGCCCCUACAGCCGCCGCCGCUCCCCCAGCUACAGCCGUCACAGCUCCUACGAGCGCGGCGGCGACGUGUCCCCCAGCCCCUACAGCAGCAGCAGCUGGCGCCGCUCCCGGAGCCCCUACAGCCCGGUGAUCAGACGGUCUGCCAAAUCGCGAAGCAGAAGCCCGUAUUCAUCUAGGCAUUCAAGAUCUCGUAGCAGGCAUAGAUUGUCUAGAUCCAGAAGUCGUCAUUCUAGCAUUUCUCCUAGCACACUAACUCUGAAGAGUAGCCUGGCAGCUGAAUUGAACAAGAAUAAAAAAGCACGAGCUGCAGAGGCAGCACGAGCUGCAGAGGCAGCUAAGGCUGCAGAAGCAGCUAAGGCUGCUGAGGCUGCUGCCAAAGCUGCCAAAGCUGCCAACACUUCUACACCUACCAAGGGGAACACAGAAACUGGUGCCAGUGCAUCACAAACCAACCAUGUGAAGGACGUGAAGAAGCUUAAAACUGAGCACGCACCUUCUCCCUCAGGCGGUGGGAUGUUAAAAACUGACAAGGCAAAAGCAAAGCCACCUCUUCAGGUAACAAAAGUGGAUAAUAAUUUGAUUGUAGAUAAAGCCACCAAGAAAGCAGUUGUAGUUGGAAAGGAGAGUAAAUCUGCUGCUACAAAGGAGGAACCAGUAUCUCUUAAAGAGAAAACGAAACCACUUACACCAAGCAUAGGAGCCAAGGAGAAGGAGCAACAUGUGGCUUUAGUGACCUCUACCUUACCACCCUUGCCUCUGCCUCCCAUGCUGCCUGAAGAUAAAGAUGCCGAUAGCUUGCGAGGAAAUAUUUCAGUGAAAGCGGUUAAAAAAGAAGUAGAAAAGAAACUGCGAUGUCUGCUUGCUGAUUUACCACUGCCCCCUGAGCUACCAGGAGGAGAUGAUCUCUCAAAGAGUCCAGAGGAAAAGAAAACAGCAACACAGUUACAUAAUAAAAGGAGGCCUAAAAUAUGUGGGCCUCGCUAUGGUGAAAUCAAAGAGAAAGAUAUUGACUGGGGAAAACGCUGCGUGGAUAAAUUUGAUAUCAUCGGAAUUAUUGGAGAAGGUACCUAUGGACAAGUUUACAAGGCCAGGGAUAAAGACACUGGAGAAAUGGUAGCCUUAAAAAAAGUGCGCCUGGAUAAUGAAAAGGAAGGGUUUCCUAUUACAGCAAUUCGAGAAAUUAAAAUUCUCCGGCAGCUUACCCACCAGAGUAUUAUCAAUAUGAAGGAAAUAGUGACUGAUAAAGAAGAUGCUUUGGACUUUAAGAAGGAUAAAGGUGCAUUUUAUCUGGUGUUUGAAUAUAUGGACCAUGAUCUGAUGGGACUGUUGGAAUCAGGCUUGGUUCAUUUUAAUGAAAAUCACAUAAAGUCAUUUAUGAGACAGCUCAUGGAAGGUCUGGAUUAUUGUCAUAAGAAGAACUUUUUGCAUCGAGAUAUUAAAUGUUCAAAUAUUCUUCUAAACAAUAGAGGACAGAUUAAGCUUGCAGAUUUUGGACUUGCCCGAUUGUAUAGCUCAGAAGAAAGUCGGCCAUAUACAAACAAAGUCAUCACUUUAUGGUACCGUCCACCUGAACUGCUGCUGGGAGAAGAAAGGUAUACACCAGCUAUCGAUGUGUGGAGCUGUGGAUGUAUCCUUGGUGAACUCUUCACUAAAAAACCUAUAUUUCAAGCAAAUCAGGAGCUUGCACAACUAGAAUUAAUAAGCCGUAUAUGUGGGAGUCCAUGUCCUGCAGUGUGGCCUGAUGUAAUCAAACUACCAUAUUUCAACACCAUGAAACCAAAGAAGCAGUAUCGUCGAAAGUUAAGAGAAGAAUUUGUUUUUAUUCCUGCAGCCGCACUAGACUUAUUUGAUUACAUGCUCGCCUUGGAUCCUAGUAAGCGCUGCACUGCAGAGCAGGCUCUUCAGUGUGAGUUCCUACGGGAUGUGGAACCCUCAAAAAUGCCUCCACCAGAGAGGUUUUUACACGCUGAGGCAAUGCAUCAUAGUAAGAUGACUGAGAGCCUUCCAUUAUGGCAAGACUGUCAUGAGUUAUGGAGUAAAAAGCGAAGACGACAGAAGCAGAUGGGCAUGACUGAUGAUGUUUCCACAAUUAAAGCCCCCAGAAAGGACUUGUCUCUGGGCCUGGAUGACAGCAGAACUAGCACUCCUCAGAGUGUGCUGCCGUCUUCACAGCUGAAAUCUCAGGGCAACUCGAAUGCAGCACCUGUAAAAACAGGCCCUGGACAGCAGUUAAACCACAGUGAAUUGGCAAUUCUGCUAAACCUACUACAGUCUAAAACAAGUGUUAAUAUGGCUGAUUUUGUCCAAGUGUUGAACAUUAAGGUAAACUCUGAGACUCAGCAGCAGCUAAAUAAAAUAAACCUUCCUGCUGGAAUUUUGGCAACAGGUGAAAAACAGACAGAUCCAUCACCACCACAACAAGAGUCUUCGAAACCACUGGGAGGAAUUCAGCCUUCUUCUCAGAACAUGCAGCCUAAAGUGGAGCCUGAUGCGGCCCAGGCGGCUGUGCAGAGCGCAUUUGCGGUUCUGUUGACUCAGUUAAUAAAGGCUCAGCAGUCAAAGCAGAAAGACGUGCUGCUGGAAGAGAGGGAAAAUGGAUCGGGACACGAAGCACCAUUGCAGCUCCGGCCACCUCCAGAACCUAGCACGCCGGCGUCGGGGCAAGAUGACCUGAUCCAGCACCAAGAUAUGAGGCUAUUGGAGCUCACACCAGAACCGGACCGGCCUCGUAUUCUGCCUCCCGAUCAGCGACCUCCUGAACCUCCAGAACCACCACCAGUCACUGAAGAAGAUCUAGAUUACCGGACAGAAAACCAGCAUGUACCCACCACUAGUUCUUCGUUAACUGACCCUCAUGCCGGAGUAAAAGCAGCCCUGUUACAGCUCCUUGCUCAGCAUCAGCCCCAGGAUGACCCCAAAAGAGAAAGUGGUAUUGAUUACCAAGCAGGAGAUACUUAUGUACCUUCUUCAGACUACAAGGACAAUUUUGGAUCCUCUUCUUUCUCUUCUGCUCCUUAUGUUAGCAAUGACGGUCUUGGAAGCGCCUCUGCUCCACCCUUGGAACGACGUAGCUUCAUGGGAAACUCAGAUAUUCAGUCCUUGGAUAACUACAGUACUACUUCAUCUCAUUCUGGUGGUCCACCUCAGCCUUCUGCCUUUUCCGAGUCAUUUCCCAGUUCGGUAGCUGGAUACGGAGACAUGUACCUCAAUACAGGUCCCAUGUUGUUUAGUGGAGACAAGGACCAUAGAUUUGAAUAUAGCCAUGGCCCCAUCGCAGUGCUGGCAAACAGCAGUGACCCUUCCACAGGGCCAGAGAGUACUCAUCCUUUGCCAGCAAAGAUGCACAACUAUAACUAUGGUGGUAACUUACAGGAAAACCCAGGCGGCCAUGGCCUCAUGCACGGACAGACCUGGACUUCUCCUGCCCAAGGACCUGGGUAUUCACAAGGAUACAGGGGACACAUUAGCACAUCAGCUGGCAGAGGUCGAGGCAGAGGGUUACCAUACUGAGUAUCUGUUUUUCCUCAGGCACAUCAUUUUUAUCUGGAAAGACUUUUCUAGCUGCAAUUUAAAGCAGCAAUCCAAGAGACUUGAAUAAUAUUAAUUCAACAACAGCUUUAUUUUUAUGUGGAAAAGGGUCUUGCAUACAAUAGUUUAAAAAAAAAGACAAAAAAAAAACCUUUGCUUAAAUUCAUGCUGUUCUAAAACCUAGAUCUAUUGAUUGUACAUCUUCACAAAUUCUAGUUAACGAUUUUAUUUUGUAUUCUUGCAGUUUUAAGUGGAUGCUAAUCUUAGGGACAUAAAAGUCUUUUAUGGCCCUCUUGCAGAUCUUCUGAACUAUGCACAUUUGUGCUUUUUUGUAAGUUUGGACCAACUUUUAUGUAACAACCACCCAGCCCCUCCCCCCUCCAGUUUUACAACAAUCAGAAAGGGCACUGAUUUAUUUGGUAUUUUUCUUUUUACAAAGCUACCUUUAGUCAAAGGUCACUGUCAGUCUUUGCACCUGCUUUCAGUGUUAUUGUGAAAGGUGUACUUUGUGCUCAUUUCAGAAAAUAAAACACAACCUUUCUCUUGAUGCAACAGUUUUAUAUAAAAAAACAUGGUCAAUGUUAUUUUUGUUUUAUUUUUCAGAUUAUCAUAGCCUAGCAAAAUGCAUUCAAAUGAAAUUGUGGGUUUUAUAUGAAAAAUAUGGGUGGGGUGGGGAGGGUAAGUAAGUGCCUUAACAGGUAAGCUUAAGGUCUGAAAAAGUAGUUAACCUUUACACCCAUUUGUCUUCUAAAGGGAAUCAAUGUAUUGAAGAGGCAGAGGGCUCUCAAGUGUCCAGGGGCUGCCUGUUCAGUUCCUGUUAGGUCCAUUCCCUGUACCUGUCACACUUUCUCCUUUGGGCUGUGUUACUUUCCAAUAUCACCUUCUGUUGACAGGGGAGUGAGAGCAGAGAAUAAAAGUCCAGCUCCCAUCAGCACCUUCUGUUACUUCUGAGAAAAAGUUCUAAAAAGUUUUGUCAUUUAAAUGGUGGAAAGUAAUAGCUAAAUGAACAUUUAGCUAAAUGAGCAUUUUAGAGUAUCAUUUUCUUUCACGCUGCCACAUUGUCCCUAUUUCCUUUUGUCAUGGGUAACUGGAGGGCAAUAGCAAAGAAACAAGGCUUAAUAACAAUUUGCAUAAUUCAGUUAAUGUUCAUGGGGGGAGGGGUGGCAAACACCACUUUUUAAAUUAUAUAAUUGCCAUUCAACACAAAGUUAACUCUGUUCACUUUACUGGUUAACUAGAAACAUUGCCUAGAUUGAAUUUAUUAAAGUAAAAAGAAAAAGUAGUGCAAAAAACCCCUCUUAUUCUCUCUCUCACUUUCUGUAAGGUUUACUACAACAUCUGCCACACCUAGAGUAACUUUAUUUUAGUUCAUUUUAGAAUGAUGGACUAACCCUUACUUAAACUGUAAUGGUGUCAAGUCUUUUUGUGCACACUCAAACCCAUGUACCAUUAUAGUAAUCCUAGAAAGGAACCAAAGGUAAAUAACCAGUGUUUCUAUUAGCACUAAAUGCCAAUUAACCAUUUUGUUUUUUAGUUGUUCUCCUGGUAACUUAUUUUUUGAUUGGAAUCUUAAAUUGGAACAACUGUUAUUGAAUGAAUAUUGCUCCAGUUCUAAAGUCAGUCUUUUAAUCUUGUGCCCUCUAUCUGACUUGUGAACGUUCAUUUCAAAACAGUAUAUGGAAAGCAUUAUAGUUUGGUGACAAUAGGAUUAUUUUAAAGUGAAUAAUUUACCAUUUUACUGCUGUAAAAUGAGUUGAUGUCAGUUGACCAUUUUAUCUUUUGAUGGAAUUUUUUUGUUAUUGAGAAAGAAAUGAAUGAAAGAAAAUUAUUAUUCUUUUAUUUGAAUAUUGAAUACUAACAACUUAUACUAAAACUACAUUGCAGGAAGUGAAGAAAUAUUUUGAAAUUUAGCAAAAUAGCUACAGUAUUCAAGUAUCUGAAAUUUUAAUAUGGUGAGUCUUAGAGCUUUAGACUUUCCUAUAAGUGACAGUAUCUAAGUUAUUAAUAGUCACACUUGAUAAUUCUGCUGACCAUAGCAGCUAACCUAAAAUCGAAGAUAUUUAUGUGACAUGAAUAGCCUGUGUUUUAAAAAUUAAAUAUUUUAUAUAAAAUUGAAUUGUGUUUGGAUAGUUUUUCCUAACAUUUCAGUUAUAUAUUUAUAUUGGGAAAGUGGCUGGGAGGACAAGGAAAUUGUUGCUUGAAGUCGAAAAUUUGAACUACAGCUCCUGAUACUACCCUAAAACAGCAUUGAUUGUGUGAUACACUAGUUAGGAAAAAUGUUGCCAAUUAAACACAACUCAAGGCUAAGAUACUUCCCAAGUUCAGAGAUGUUGUUACAUGGAAGAAAGCUUCUUAAAAUUGAUGAAAUACAGUAGUAAAAAUCUUAAUGCCUUCUUUGAUAUCAUCUAAUACUUCAGUAAAUUUGGAUUAAUGAAAAGAGCAGGGCUAUGAAAUCAGUAAGUCUGUGUGUUAUAACUGCAGUAAUCAGUAUUCUUGAGUGAAACUGAAGGAGCAUAAAAUAUUUUGGGAAAGAAACAGGUAAGUCAGAUUGCAAAUGAGAUGAAAAUAUAAAAAAUUGACUUACUAAGAGAAGAAAAUAUUAUUUCCCAUGUGAAAUUCCCUUAUGUAUUUCUUGAUACAGCAGCUUUUUCUGCAUGUAAGUCAGUAUGUUUCCCAAGUCUUCAAUCCAUUAUUUUUUGGAGAGCCCCAGUCAUCCAUGAAAUUUUAAAAGACUCAUGUUAAGGAUUUAUUGAUUAAUAGUUUGUGGAAUGUGAAUUAGGAUAGGGCUUUAGCUAUGAUUCAGAGCUUAACUCUAUGUAAAUAUACAGUGCCUACCAAGUGCCAGGUACUAUUCUACUUGGGGUACAUCAAUCAACAUGAAAGGCUUUAAAUAAUACUUCCGGUGGACUGAUAGUGAGCAGGAAUAUUAAAAAGCGAAGUAGUAGUUGCAGCUCUUCAGCUGUAUCUAAAUUACACAUAAGUGAAAGUAAAGAAAAUGUGUCUAUGUCAAAUUUUGAAGUCAAAUUUGAAUAGAGACAAAGUUCUGGAAAAAUAAAAUUGAGUGAUGAAAGCAAAAUUUAAAUUGGAUCUGACUAGUUUGCAGCUCAAUUGGUAAGAAGUAUCAAGAUUUCUUAAGAAAAAUAGAAGAUAAACUGCCUAAAUGCUUCCAAACUAAUCUUUCUGGUAUUUCUGAGUUAAGGUUUUUUUGUAUUUGGUAUGAACUUAAUCCAAUUUAAGAUGAUUUUUCUCCCCAGGCUCCCUUACCUGGCCCCUGCCUUUCUUUUUAGGUAAAGCUGAAAUAUGAGAUUUGAAUAAAGAUUCAGUGAUUCCCUGGGUUAAUGAUUUUGAUAUUUUAAAAGUCUGAAUAGGAUAUCCCCAAAGUCUAAAAUCUGGUCCAUUUCUUUACAGCUAAGAAAAAUAAGAUUUAGAUGGAUUACCAGGGUUGUUCUUAGCUAUAUCUAAAUUCUGUAGUAAAUGCUUCUUAAUGAGAAAAUUAACUGUUAAAAAAUACUUUUGUUAAAAUAAUUAAAUUUAAAAUACUGAACAACUGGUUUAACAGAUGACUUUAAAAAGUCAACUUAAAAAAAGGCCUCAGAAAAAAUAGGCAAAUAAAAUUUUAGAAAACUUAGGAGCCUAUAGAGACAGUUUGUUUCAUACAUGGAUAGUCUUUAGAAGGAAGGUUCCUCAUUUUCUUUUUUAAGACAAUAGUUACCUAACAAUUAGAUAGUAAGAUUAAAUAUUUAAACUUAUUUUCUGUUUGUAGGAAGAAGAUUGGUAUCAGCAGACCUACAAACAUAGCUUUUAAAUUCUUUCAAGUUUGUAAUUAAACUGUUUCUAGUGUAAUUAAAAAUAAGAGCCAUUAAGAAAAAAGCUGUCAGGGGAUCCAGUUGAAGGUGGGGAAAACAAAAUUAUUGGAAAGAACUUGCUCUUUGAAUUAUGUAGAACAUUUUGUGGGUUUUAUUCCUUUCACCAUAUUAAAUGUCCCAUUAAAAAAGAAUUUUCUAAUUGAAAUACCACAUUGAAAAUGAGGCUCUGUAGUGAAUUACUUUAUGUUUUUUUCACAAUUAAGUUAAUUUGUUGUCAAGGUGUGGUUUUUUUGCAAGAAUUUUUAGUAAAGUCUCGUAACUCCUAAAUCCAGUGUGUUUAAGCCAUUUGUUUAACAAAAAAGACUGUAUUUGAUAGUCUGUAAAUAAACUGCCCUAAAAAUCCA